AUGACUGACUCCAACUGGUCUGCUCAAGGAGAGGCUAAGCGCCAAUCAAUUCUCAAUGCGAUUCCCGAGAUAUGGCGGCUGAAGGGUCCCAUCCCCACGGCUGUCGAACAGCGUGAUGUUACCGGACCUUAUAUUCAGCAGUUCCUCAGCAAUCGUGAAAUCGAAAUCACUGAGUCUGAUGCUGUUGAUAUCACUGCUGAAACGACUUCAGGGCGCUGGUCGGCUGUCGAAGUGACCAAGGCCUUCUGCCAUCGCGCCGCAAUCGCUCAUCAACUGGUCAGUUGUCUACACGAGAUCUUCUUCGACGCAGCAAUUGAAGACGCAAUCAAGCUCGAUGCCUAUUUUGCAGAGCAUAAAGCGCCUACCGGGCCAUUGCACGGUCUUCCCGUUAGUCUGAAAGAUCAAUUCCAUGUCAAAGGUGUCGAGACUACCAUGGGGUACGUGGGCUGGAUCGGCACUUUCCAAGGCCAGCACGACGAUCCACGCCGAGCAACAAAGGAGAGCGAGCUGGUCAGAGAACUGCGCAAUCUGGGUGCGGUACUCUAUUGCAAGACCAGCGUCCCAACUACGCUGAUGGCAGGUGAAACCGUCAACAACAUCAUCGGCUACACAUGGAACCCCAAAAACAGACUUUUGUCUUGCGGCGGUAGUUCCGGCGGCGAGGGAGCGUUAAUCGCGUUACGAGGGUCGCCCGCUGGCUUCGGGACUGAUAUUGGCGGCAGUGUGCGCAUCCCAGCUGGAUUCAAUUCCUUGUAUGGAUUACGUCCUUCUUCAGGCAGAGUCCCGUAUCAGAGCGCUGCCAAUUCUGCGGAUGGACAGAGUACUAUUUUGUCAGUUAUCGGACCGCUUGCGCCGACUGCGCGGUCUCUGACGUUGUUGUUUAAGGCUGUUCUCAGUCAACAGCCGUGGCUUCAUGAUCCACUUGCAUUGGAGAUCCCAUGGCGGGAUACUAUCGUCGAAGAGACGCGCAAGUUGAUCAAUCAGGCCACAAGCGGUACUUCGUCUCUUGCCUUUGGGAUAAUGCCUUAUAAUGGCGUGGGCCGUAUCCACCCACCCAUUGCACGAGGAAUGAAACUUGUUCAGCAGACUCUUGAGCGGCUUGGACAUAAGGUCAUACCGUGGAAUCCACCCUCUCAUGAGAGGGCUCAUGAUAUAGCUGCCAGAACAUUCGACAUGGACGGCGGUGCAGACUUCAGGCAUCACUUCAGUCUCUCCGGGGAAACGCAGGCGAAACAAGUCAUAGUCCAGCAAAACGGGCCCCAGCUGAGCGCGUCAGAGAUUGCAGCUCUCAAUAUCACCAAGCGUGAAUAUCAGAAAGAAUACAUGGACUACUGGAACAGCACAGCAGCUCUCACUGGCACUGGUCGUCCUGUGGAUGGACUCUUCUGUCCAUUGGCAUCUCACGCAGCAGUUAUUCCCGCGCAAUACGAGAGUGUGGGCUAUACAGCAUUUGUCAAUGUGUUGGACUACAGCAGCAUCUCUAUCCCGGUGACAUUUGCAGACAAGACGGUGGAUGUGCAUGGUAAAAACUUGUCUUUGUCUGCUGAUUAUAUCAAUUGGAAUUAUGAUGCGGACACUUAUGAUGGAGCGCCUGUUGGCAUUCAACUCGUGGGAAGGAGACUGCAGGAGGAAAAGAUGCUCACCAUUGCGGAGUAUAUUGGGGAAGAGAUUGCUCGUGACAUUUGA